CGCGCCGCUUCCGGGGGGAGGGCUUGUGGGAGUAGCCCUGACCCGCCGCUGUGCCGCCGCGCGCCGCUGCCCUCCCUCACCAGCAGAGUCUCGGUCGCGCUCGGGUAGCUCUGCAAGGCGGCGGCUGCAGAGGGAGCCAUGGGGACUGUGCACGCCCGGAGUCUGGAGCCCCUGCCAGCCAGUGGGCCUGAUUUUGGAGGAUUAGGCGAAGAAGCUGAAUUCCUUGAAGUUGAACCUGAAGCUAAACAGGAAAUUCUGGAAAACAAAGAUGUGGUGGUUCAGCACGUUCAUUUUGAUGGACUCGGAAGGACUAAGGACGAUAUCAUCAUUUGUGAAAUCGGAGAGGUUUUUAAGGCCAAGAACCUCAUUGAGGUCAUGCGGAAAUCUCAUGAAGCCCGUGAAAAGUUGCUCCGUCUCGGGAUCUUUAGACAAGUAGACGUGUUGAUUGAUACAUGUCAAGGUGACGAUGCACUUCCCAAUGGUCUCGAUGUCACCUUUGAAGUGACUGAGCUGAGGAGGGUGACGGGCAGCUACAACACCAUGGUCGGGAACAAUGAAGGCAGCAUGGUCCUCGGCCUCAAGCUCCCCAACCUGCUAGGCCGAGCAGAAAAAGUGACUUUUCAGUUUUCCUACGGAACCAAAGAAACAUCAUACGGCCUGUCCUUCUUCAAACCGCGGCCAGGAAACUUCGAGAGAAAUUUCUCCGUGAACCUGUACAAAGUCACUGGACAGUUCCCGUGGAGCUCGCUGCGGGAGACAGACCGAGGAGUGUCUGCCGAGUACAGCUUCCCCGUGUGGAGGACCAGCCACACUGUCAAGUGGGAGGGCGUGUGGCGGGAGCUGGGCUGCCUCUCCAGGACCGCGUCCUUCGCUGUGCGCAAAGAAAGCGGACACUCGCUGAAAUCGUCUCUCUCGCACGCCAUGGUCAUUGACUCUCGGAAUUCUUCCAUCCUGCCCAAAAGAGGGGCUUUGCUGAAGGUGAACCAGGAGCUGGCAGGCUACACAGGCGGGGACGUGAGCUUCCUAAAGGAGGACUUUGAGCUGCAGGUGAACAAGCAGCUGCUGUUGGAUUCGCGUGUCCCCAUCCUGGUCCUGCUGGCUGUGUCCUCCGUGUGCCUGACAGACGCCACCGGACCUUGGCCUCGGGGCUGGCCGAGCCUUGCAGGUGCCCCAGCCCUUUCUGGUGCGGAAGGCAGCUCCACCUCGAGGCCGCCCCCGACCCGUCCGUCUCGUCCUAGGUUCUGCCUCGGAGGACCCACCAGCGUCCGGGGAUUCGGCAUGCACAGCAUCGGGCCGCAGAGUGAAGGGGACUACCUGGGUGGCGAGGCAUACUGGGCCGGUGGCCUGCACCUGUACACCCCACUGCCCUUCCGGCCAGGUCAGGGCAGCUUCGGAGAGCUUUUCAGAACCCACUUCUUCCUCAAUGCAGGAAACCUCUGCAACCUCAACUACGGAGAGGGCCCCCGAGCGCACAUCCGCAAGCUGGCCGAGUGUAUCCGCUGGUCCUACGGCGCAGGCAUCGUCCUCCGGCUCGGCAACAUCGCGCGGCUGGAGCUGAACUACUGCAUCCCCAUGGGCGUGCAGCGGGGCGACAGGAUAUGUGAUGGUGUCCAGUUUGGAGCUGGGAUCCGGUUCCUGUAGCUGUACUCCCUUGGGCAUCUGCACUCCCGGAGUCCCAGCAGCCCGGCAAGCUGGGCCACCGUCCUCGCCAGCGAGCAUGUCAAUAAAUUGUGAAGACAC